AUGUCUACCGUGGUAGCUCAGUCGCUGCAUGUUUUUGGUCUUCGAGCCCACGUGGCCAACAAUAUCUUCUUCUUUGAUGAACAGACUAUUAUAUUUCCUUCAGGAAAUCACUGUGUGAAGUACAAUGUGGAUCAGAAAUGGCAAAAAUUCAUUCCAGGCUCAGAAAAGAGUCAGGGCAUGUUGGCCUUGGCCAUCAGCCCCAAUCGGCGAUACCUCGCCAUCUCCGAGACCGUGCAAGAAAAACCUGUUAUCACCAUUUACGAACUGUCAUCCAUCCCUUGCCGGAAACGCAAAAUCCUUAAUAAUUUUGACUUUCCAGUUCAGAAGUUUGUUAGCAUGGCUUUUUCUCCAGACUCCAAGUACCUAUUGACUCAGACAUCAACUCCAGAGUCAAACCUUGUCUAUUGGCUGUGGGAGAAACAGAAAGUAAUGGCCAUUGUUAGAAUCGACACUCAGAACAAUGCUAUCUACCAGGUGAGCUUCAAUCCCCAGGAUAACACUCAGGUUUGUGUCACUGGAAAUGGAAUUUUUAAGCUGCUCCGGUUUGCUGAGGGAACCCUGAAGCAAACCAAUUUUCAGAGAGGAGAGCCUCAGAACUAUCUGUCCCAUGCCUGGCUGUCCGAAGAAAAGAUUGUCGUUGGCAAUGAUACGGGCAAGCUCUUCCUUUUUGAAUCAGGAGAUCAACGCUGGGAAACAAAUAUAAUGGUCAGGGAACCCACCAGUGACAUGAAGAACCUGGAUCUGGUCCAGGAAUCAGAGAGCCUGAUCGAAUUCCCACCACCCAGUUCCCCAGUCCCUUCCUUCGAACAGGUGGUGCCAACUACUAGCCACAGCCAGCUGACCCUGCCCCAGGUGUUUGCCAUUGCGGCCUAUUCAAAGGGAUUUGCCUGCUCUGCUGGACAAGGGAGAGUUCUGCUGUUUGAGAAGAUAGAAGACAAGGAUUUUUACCGUGAGAGCAGGGAAAUCCAGGUUCCUGUGGACCCGCAGAGCAAUGACCUGGGUCAGUCUGACAAGCAGGAAGUUCUCUGCUUAUGCUUCAGCCCCUCAGAAGAAACCCUGAUUGCCAGCACCAGUAAGAACCAACUCUAUAGCAUCACCAUGUCCCUGACAGAGAUCAGCAAGGGGGAGCCUGCUCACUUUGAGUAUCUGAUGUACCCAUUACACUCUGCAUCCAUCACUGGUCUAGCUACUUGCAUCCGCAAACCUCUCAUUGCCACCUGUUCUCUGGAUCGAUCUGUUCGCAUCUGGAAUUAUGAAACAAACACUCUGGAACUGUAUAAGGAGUACCAAGAAGAGGCAUAUACAGUCAGUCUUCACCCAUCUGGACACUUCAUUGUAGUAGGGUUUGCUGACAAACUACGCAUUAUGAAUCUACUCAUUGAUGAUAUACGUUCUUUCAAAGAAUACUCUGUCAGAGGAUGCAGAGAGUGUUGUUUUAGCAAUGGAGGACACCUGUUUGCUGCAGUCAGUGGAAAUGUGAUUCAUGUUUAUAAUACCACAAGCCUAGAGAACAUCUCAAACCUUAAAGGUCAUACAGGGAAGAUUCGUUCCAUUGUUUGGAAUGCAGAUGACAGCAGGCUGAUUUCUGGUGGCACAGAUGGCGCUGUAUAUGAGUGGAAUCUGACCACAGGAAAAAGAGAAACAGAAUGUGUGCUCAAGUCCUGCAGCUAUAACUGUGUUAACAUCUCCCCUGAUGCCAAAAUUAUCUUUGCUGUUGGAUCAGACCAGACCCUCAAGGAGAUUGCAGAUUCUUCGAUCCUUCGAGAGGUGUCCGCAUUUGACGUCAUCUACACAGCCAUCAUCAUCUCACAUUCUGGGCGCAUGAUGUUCGUGGGCACCUCAGUGGGAACCAUUCGUGCAAUGAAGUACCCUCUGCCUUUGCAGAAAGAAUUCAACGAGUACCAGGCCCAUGCUGCACCUAUCACCAAGAUGUUGAUUACCUUUGAUGACCAAUACUUGCUUACUGCAGCUGAGGAUGGCUGUCUAUUCACCUGGAAGGUCUUUGAUAAAGACGGGCGGGGAAUCAAGCGAGAGAGAGAAGUGGGCUUUGCUGAAGAGGUGCUUGUUACCAAAACAGACAUGGAAGAGAAGGCUCAGGUUAUGUUGGAUCUGAAGACUCGUGUGGAUGAAUUAAAAAUGGAGAAUGAGUAUCAACUUCGACUAAAGGAUAUGAACUAUUCUGAGAAGAUUAAGGAGUUAACAGACAAGUUCAUCCAGGAAAUGGAAUCCUUAAAAACAAAAAACCAGGUUUUAAAGACAGAAAAAGAAAAGCAAGACAUACUGCAUCAUGAACGCAUAGAGGAUCUCCUGGAUAAACAAACCCGGGAACUACAGGACCUGGAAUGUUGCAACAACCAAAAGCUGCUUCUAGAAUAUGAGAAGUACCAAGAGUUACAGCUCAAAUCCCAGAGAAUGCAAGAAGAGUAUGAAAAACAGCUUCGGGAUAAUGAUGAGAUCAAGAGCCAGGCUCUGGAGGAGCUGACUGAGUUCUAUGAAGCCAAGCUGCAGGAGAAAACCACUCUUCUAGAAGAGGCACAGGAAGAUGUCAGGCAGCAACUACGAGAGUUUGAAGAGACCAAGAAGCAGAUUGAAGAAGAUGAAGAUCGAGAAAUCCAAGAUAUCAAAACCAAGUAUGAAAAAAAGCUUCGGGAUGAAAAGGAAUCAAACUUGAGGCUCAAAGGAGAAACUGGAAUCAUGAGGAAAAAGUUCAGCAGUCUGCAGAAGGAUAUUGAAGAGCGAACCAGUGACAUUGAGACCCUGAAAGGAGAGCAGGUGAAGCUGCAAGGAGUCAUUAAAUCCCUGGAGAAGGAUAUCCAAGGCCUCAAGAGGGAGAUCCAGGAAAGAGACGAGACCAUUCAAGAUAAGGAGAAGCGAAUUUAUGAUCUGAAAAAGAAAAACCAGGAACUAGAGAAAUUCAAGUUUGUGCUUGACUACAAAAUAAAGGAGCUGAAGAAGCAAAUAGAACCUCGUGAGAAUGAGAUCAAGGUGAUGAAGGAACAGAUUCAGGAGAGUGACCCUGCUCUGUUGUGGCCCCAGAUGGUGACAAUUCAUUCACACAACUUCACAAAGUAGAUAAGGAAGGUAUUUCUCUAGAGAACCCUGCUUAAGAUGGAAGCUGAGCUGGAGCGUUUCCAUAAGCAGAAUACACAGCUGGAGCUGAACAUCACAGAAUUGUGGCAGAAAUUAAGAGCCACUGAUCAGGAAAUGCGCAGAGAGAGACAGAAGGAGCGAGACUUGGAAGCUCUGGUGAAGCGGUUUAAGACAGACCUGCACAACUGCGUGGCGUACAUCCAGGAGCCCCGACCGCUGAAGGAAAAGGUCCGAGCUCUCUUUGAGAAGUAUGUGCAGCGGGCAGACAUGGUAGAGAUCGCAGGCCUGAACACAGACCUGCAGCAGGAGUACUCCCGGCAGCGGGAACACCUGGAAAGGAACCUGGCCACACUCAAGAAGAAGGUGGUCAAGGAGAGUGAGCUGCACCGCACCGACUAUGUCCGCAUCAUGCAGGAAAAUGUCUCCUUGAUCAAGGAGAUUAAUGAGCUCCGCAGGGAGCUGAAGUUCACCCGCUCCCAAGUCUAUGACCUUGAAGCAGCCCUAAAACUGGCCAAGAAAAGCCGACCACUGGAAGUUCCAGAGACAGCACCCAGCAAAGACCUACCCGGUGUCGCUCCCACCACACGACUGAGUGAGCAAGAAGAAACUGGGAGAAUCAUCGAGAUGCAGCGCCUAGAAAUCCAGCGCCUCCGAGACCAGAUCCAAGAGCAAGAGCAGGUCCCGGGGUUGCACUCCCUCGCCGGAGCUCGGCUUCCUUCUCUCCUCGAAUCAGAGCUAAACUUCGAGGAGCAGACCAACUGA